UUAUUUUGAAAACUGGCCCUUCCGGUGAGUCCGUUGACAGUGAGAGCUUCCUCCCCUCCACAAUAAGAGCACGCUGCCUGUCUGUCCGGGGCCAGCCCACCUGCGGUUCACCUGACGCCGUAACCCGCGCGCUCCCUUCAGGCUCCCGGAGCGUCUCUGCUCCUGCUGUCAUGGCGGAUUAGCGAGUUCAGCGGCCGUGUUACCGACGACCGGUCUCUGCUCCCGGUGGCCGCUCUUGUUUUCGCCCCUCCGGGUUUCCGGUGCGACGGUCGGGCGCUGGCUAACGUUAGCUAGCUAAACCGGGACGAACGCGGCGGCUCGGCCCGCAGCCGACUAGCUUCAGAAAACACACGUUUUAAUAAGUCGCAGCUUUAUUCAGUCUUGUUCCACUAACGAACCCCGAGUCCGGGUGUGUCUGGACUACAGGACCCUUUGGACGAUUCGGCCCCGGUAGUAAUAUAAUAACGUCCCGACUGAUGGAGACUUAAGGAUCCGGAUCCGGAGCCGAGAGACGUGAGUCCGCCGAACAGCGUCGGGAAAACCCCGUGUUUCCACACCUCAGCUGCUUCAUUCCGGGUUUCCUGGACCCUGACUGGCGCAGGUCUCGGACUGCAGGAGCCCUCUGUGGAUGAUAAGGCCCCGGGAAGAUUCUCCCGAUUGAUGGGGACUUGAGUUAGGGGCAGGAAGAGGAUCCCGAACCGUGUCAGGAAAAUCACAGUUUUUGAACUCAGACAGCUUUAUUUGGUGUUUUUCCUGCUUUGAGACCCGGGUCCGGAUGUUCCGGACUACAGGAGCCAUUCGUGGAUAAUUCGGCUCCCGGUAAACCGUCCUGAACGAUGGGGACUCAGGGGCCAGGCCGGAAGAGGAUCCCAAACCGGGAGAAGCUGACCGCCGAGGACGAUGCGCUCAGCCAGGUCGCACGGGAGGCGGAGGCGAGGCUGGCAGCGAAGCGAGCGGCGAGAGCCGAGGCUCGAGAGAUCAGGAUGAAGGAGCUGGAGCGACAGCAGAAAGAGCUGUUUCACAGCCACAAGAAGUAUUAUGGUCUGGAUAAUAAGUGGGGUCACAUUGAACAGUGGAUGGAGGACAGUGAGCGGUAUUCUCGCCACUCGCGGAGACACGCUUCGAUGUCAGAUGAUGAAGAGAGGAUGUCUGUGGGGAGUCGAGGAAGCUUCAGGCCUUCAGACUACAGUGGGUUUCUGGGCUCCAGCUCGCGAGCCUCCUCCAGGGCCAGUUCAGCCCGUGCGAGCCCAGUGGUGGAGGAGAGGCCUGACAGAGACUUCCUGGAUAAAGGCUCGAGGACGGCUUCGACUCUCUCCGCCGCCACGCUCGCCUCUCUGGGCGGAGCUUCGUCUCGCAGAGGAAGCUGUGACACGUCGUUCUCCGUGGAAACGGAGGCGUCGAUCAGAGACAUGAAGGACUCGCUGGCGGAGGCGGAGGAGAAGUACCGCAAAGCGAUGGUUUCUAACGCUCAGCUCCACAACGAGAAGUCGACUCUGAUGUAUCAGGUGGAAACGCUGAAGGAGGAGCUGAGCGACAUGGAGGAGCUGCUGUGGGAGUCACGGCGACACUGCGACGACAGGAGCAAGGAGUUUGAGCGCGAGCGUCAGGAUCACAGAGUUCUUCAGUUCCAGUUUAAAGAGAUGAAGGAAACUCUGCGGCAGACCGAAGAGCUGCUGACGGAGGUGUCUGAGCUCCGGUUGAAGAGCAGCAGUUAUUGUCAGGAGGUUUCUGACCUGCAGGAGGUUCUGCAGUGGAAAGACCAGAAGAUGGCGGCGUUAGAGAGGCAGAGGGAAAUCUCCGACAUCAUUCGGAUCGAACGCGAUCGGCUCAGAGACGACGUGGUCCGACUCAGAGAUUUACUGAAGAAACACGGAAUCGUCGUCUCUCCUGAGGUCUCCACCAAUGGGGAGACAGGACGGGGCGAGGCUGAGGAUGAUGUCAGCGCAGAAUCUUCCUCCCGAUUGGCUCAGGAGCCGUCUCAUGGUGGCAGAGAGAGCAUGCUCGGGAAAGUUCGAGAGCAGCAGCCAGCAGAGGGCAGCAAACAGGACUACGUGAAAUACAACCGCUGUCGGAUUUCUAAACGUUCCCAGUCACUAAACACCAUUUCCACCAGCAACCAGACCAAACCAGAUGCUUUAAAACCAGCGAAGGGGUUUGAUAAACAAGCCAGAGAAAGACAAGACAGAACAGAAAAACUUCCAGGCAGAAACGAGGGUGCAAGGAAAGUACCAAGAAACAAAGGAAGUGAAAAGAUUCUGACUAAAAAAUUUCACACCAAUCAAAGACAAGACGGAGGUUCUUUGUUUAGAAACGAAGAAAUUAAAAGACAUCAGAUGACAAAUAAACAAGGAGGUGCUGCUCAGAUGUGUGAGCCAAAAUCUAUCACCCGAUUAAUUGUUGAUGAUCAGGCCUUAAAAGGCAGAACCAAACCUGAAGUGAAAUCGUCUGUAGUGUCAAACCGGGAUGUCAUUGUGACGGAAAUGGAGCACUCCUUUGACGACCAAAUCUGCAAAAUUCAAACUAAUCUAGGAAGAACUCAACUGUCAGUACAUGAAUCUGAAAGUCAGGCAAAAUAUGUAGAUUUGGUUUCACCUGUUCGCAGAGCUUCAACUGGAAAAGUCCACAAAUCAAGACUUGUUCCACCUCGACCCGCAAAAGACAUCAUCCUGGACAACAAGGCGAUAGUGUUGAGUGUCAUGGCUGCUGGAAAACAAAAUUCUCUGACUCAAGAGAAACAAAAACAAGAUGUUGCAGGAAAUGAGACUCCAUCAUCUGACAGGGGAAAAUGUUCGUCUGCUGUAGAUCAUAUUUCCCAGAAUCAAGAGAGAGAUGGAAACACAUGCAGGGAUGUCAGCUUUUCAGAAGGGGAAGUAGUGCCUGAUAUUCCAGCUUUGGGUGCAAAAGAAACUCAGAUAUCAGUGGACAGUUUGAGAGAAAAUGAAUUUGUUGACAAGUUGGCUGAGAUUGAUGGUGAAGGGUGUGAUGGACAAAGUUUGAAAGAUGAAGAUAUAAAAGUUCUCACUGAUUUGGUAGAAAAGGAGACCUUUCAAAGUCUUGUACACCAACAACAGACAGUUUCAGAUAAUUUGGGAAGUACCCUGCAUGAAGAGAAAGUCUUAAAGAAUGAGGGUGAUUUAAGUGGCUCUGAGGUAUCUGAAGGUCCAAGCUUUGAAACCAAACUGAAACCCUCAGAGUUUGAUUCAUUUCUACCAGCAGAGAAGGCAAUCACUGGGAAAGAGUCGGGUAAACCUGAGAAACUUGAGAACUGGAGGAUUUAUGAAGAGGAACCGGUUAGAGAAGCUGUUCAGAUUCAGGAAAAGAUUCAAGACAAUUCCUCUGAACAUCCCGAAUGUGACGACCAGACAGAAACACCACAGUCAUCAACUCUGUCAACGUUUGUCCCAGUCGAGAUGUCGAGGGACUUGUGUGGUUUGGAAAAGACGAUUCUAAGGAUUCUGAGAGGGUUUGUUGAAAAUCAAGGUUUUGCAGCUGAAAUCUCAAGAAUUCUUCCAGACGUCCCGGGAUCUCUGAAUCAGUGGAUUUCAGAUUUGGAGGAGAAGCUAAAAAACGUUGCAGAAAAUGUGUCCGAGCAGCCUGGUACAGUGGAACAAGAGUCAACAGCCCAAAUGACGGGUAUUAAACUCACUACAGAGGCUGAACUGCCUUUGAAGGACUUACCAGAAAGAAGUAAAACCCCAGAAGAUCCUGAAAGUGUAGAACAAAAUCCUGCUGGAUAUUCAGCGAUAGCAAAAGACUCUUCAGUCUCAGGGAUGUUGGAAGUAGCAUCUCUAGUAGUACAUCCUCAAACUUAUGUCUCCGUGGACUCAAGGAAGGUUUGUGAAGACAUUCAGGAUCCUUCAGCAAGUGAUGACCACGAAACAACAGAAAAUACCUCAGAGGCCAUGUCUAGCAUUUGUAUAUUUAAAGUGGAAGUUAUUGAAUCCUCUCCAGAAGAAACAUCUGGGGUGAAUUCUGUUGACAUAGAAGAAGAAAAGCAAAGUCACAGCGAUCCAAUGGUGACAAGCUGCUUUAAUGAAUUUGUUUUUGUUGAAUCUUACUUUGCUGAAGCUGCAAAAACCAAAAUGGUGGAGUCUGGGUCAGAUCGGGGUUUGGUAGACUCAGCAACAAAUCAGGUUGCGGAAGUCGUUGCUAAAACACACAAACAAAAAGAGCUUUUCCAUGGAAGUCAAAGCUGCCUUGCAGGUCCUGUUGAAGAAGUUGUUGAGGCACAACUCAAAAGGUAUCGAAUGUUAUCGACGAAGCCUCAUGUUGGUCAGAGUUCAAAGGUCAGAAGGCUUUUAGAAAUAACUGCAGAUGAAAUCAAGGCAAUGGCCGUUCCAGAGUUGGUGUGGAUGAGCCUACAAGAAGGGAGAAUUGUUGAGGAUCGAAGGAUAGACGGGUCAACAGGAUCGAAUACUGAGGAUCUGGAGGAGCUGUCAGUCGGAUACAUGGACAGCUGCGAGGAGGUUGACGAGAAGGCAGCACCGCAACCGGUAAUGCAACAACAGCGCCACCCAGUGACGGAGGUCGUCGUUGAAGAUGUAAAAAUCAUUCCAGUGGCGAGCAGAGAAGAACACCUGAGUGGAAGGAAAGGAUUCAGUUUGGUCAAACACAAAACUGACUGCAAGGUUUUAUAGAUUUUAUAGAAAUGUACUUCUGUUAUAUCUGGAGAUUGUUACUGAAGUUGGUUAUUUAGUUGAACUUUGUUGGUACUUUAAAUGACUCUGGCUCUGUCCAAAGGUAACAAGAUCCACUCACCAGAACCUCUAAAGCGCUUAUAUCUCGUUUGUUUAAUCUGUACAAGAACUGAAGUGUAAAACGACAAUUCACUGUUUUAAGGGGGUUCAUGUGCUGGACUUUUUCUGAGCUGGGAGCAGUAACUUCCUGGAGUCUCUGUUGGAUGCCCGACAGCUGCUCAGAGCCACAAAAUAUUGCGAUAGUCUGACCAAGUUCAGUUUUGAGGUUUCUGAUUUCUUCUGAUUGCACAUUAUUUCAUAAUAAUUUCAGCUUCUUUAACCUCAGUCAAAGAGCAGUGAAGGGACAUGGUAAAGAGGCAGAACCUGAUUGGUCCUCCUGUGUACGUUCCGAGCCCUGAUUGGCUUCACAAGUUGGAACCUUAUAGGACCAAGUUAGAGAUUUUUCACAUUAUUAGGCCAAUAAUGCAUAAAGGUCUAAAUAAACCUACACAGAAAAGUUUCAUGUGAAUAAAAGUCAGAUAGAACCUGAUCAUUUUAUGGCCGUGAGCUGCACCCUGUCUACUUUUUCUGUCUAAUGUGUUCGGUGCUACAGGCAAUCUGCAAUGCAGCUGGUGUGUGAUGCAGUUAAGUCCUCAAAAUACUCUGUUUGUAAACACUUCCAAUAAAGCAUAAAUGUCACCCUCGU